AUGGAUCUGACAUUCCAAGACUUCGCCACUGAUCUGAGCACACUGCCAGGCAAAUACGCUCCGCCAAAAGGAGCAUUACUACUCGCCUGCGACACUGAAACGGAUCAAGUCCUUGGCUGUAUUGAUCUUCGGCCUAUCGAGCUUCAGCCAACCUAUAAAGUCGGUCGCGAGCCCAAUACACGGUAUUGUGAGCUGAAGCGCCUGCACGUUUAUCCAGAGGCUAGAGGGCGAAAGGUUGCCCGGGCCUUGGUCACGGCAGCCCUUCAAAUUGCCCAGAGGGAGGGGUACAAUGAGGCACUGUUAGAUACUAUAGAGUUGAUGACAUCGGCCAUCAAUCUAUACAAAUCUAUGGGGUUUCGGGAGGUUAAACCGUACUACAGCAACCCUGGUGAUGGAUUCAUCAACAUGUCCAAAGAUCUCGGCUCAAUAGUUCCCUGA